AUGGAGAAAGAAAUAAAACCCGAAGAACUAAUUCCAUUAGUUUACGAAAGAGCAGUCCUUUGGGAUAAAACUUUAAAUGACUACAAAAACAAUAAUCUGAAACUAUUGGCCUGGCGCGAAAUUUGUACCAUACUAAUACCUAAUUUUGAAAACAUGGAAGAAAAAGAAAGACAACAUUUCGGUAAAUUAGUAUUGACCAAGUGGACGAACUUACGGAAUGUCUGGAUCCGAACAAACAAAAAUGAUGAAAAAACAUCAGGAUCAGGGGCAAAGUCGUCAAAGCCAUAUGUAUAUAAAGAGCAAAUGGAUUUUUUGCGUAAAGUUGCUAGACCUAAUCCUCCUCAAGAGUCUGUUGCGUCGCGUAUAUCUCAACCAGGGACAGAAGGCAAUACUCAGUUGUCUGAGAAUUCGCAACCAAGCACUUCUAAAAAACAAAAGACCAUGCCACCAGAGCAACAUAUAAUGGACUUAGAUGUCAAAAUGAGCGAGUUUUUAGACAGCAGGCUAUCACAACAAACUGAUCCCCCAAUUUUAUCAUUUUUUAAAGGUAUCCUACCCUCUGUUACGUCUUUCGACGAUGACGAAACGUUGGAGCUUCAAUCAGGUGUAUUAUCACUGAUACAACAAAUCAAAAAGAAACGUGAAAACAGACUUUAUGCAAAUAAUUAUAAUUACGCGCGUGAUAGCACACGGCGAUCGGGGUAUUCGACACAGAACUAUAAUUAUUUAUCUACCGAUGAAUCCGGAUAUUCCUCUCAAAACCAGGCUGUUCUUACCCCACAUGGGUCUGGAUAUGCAAGACGUCAAACGUAUGAGGAAGGAUCGCCUGCUGCAUCUACUUGGUCGGAAAGUACUGACUUAAAUUUCUCCGAUUUUUGA